AUGGCUGGGAUUGAUGAAAAUGUUGUACCUAAUGGUGAUUGGGGUCUUCCGAAUCCGAGUCCGAGAACCCUAUUUUCUCGAAUGCUAGAUGAAGAGAGUAAUAGUGUAACAAGACAAAUCUCUGAACAAUCUGAAAGUGACAGAAUUGAGGUGCAAGAUGGUGAUUCGGGUACCCAAUUGAGCGACGGAAGUUAUCGAAACGAUCAUAAGCUGAACUCGCGAGAUGGUCUUGUUGAAAGAAUUGCUGCUAGAACCGGAUUUAAUGCGCCGAGGUUGAAUACAGAAGGCAUUAGAUCUACAGAGCUUUCGCUCAAUUCUGAGAUUCAGUCUCCGUAUUUGACUAUACCGCCUGGUCUUAGUCCUACUACACUUUUAGAUUCUCCUGUUUUCCUUGCGAAUUCGUUGGCACAACCAUCUCCAACAACAGGGAAGUUUCCAUUUGUCUCAAACGGAAAUAUCCGCGGCACAGAGUUAUCUUCUGAUGAUCAACAAAAAUCUAAACUUAAUGGCUUUAAUGAUAUGUAUGCAUCAUCCUUUGCCUUCAAGCCUACACCCGAUACAGGACCCUCUUUUUAUCAUGGUGCUGGUAGAAAUAUAAAUCAAACUACGCUUCCUCAGCAAACCCUUCAUGGUUUUGAAGCUUCGGUUCAAUCUCAAAGAGUUGAUGCGACUGAGAACAAAAGUAGCCUCCAUCUUAAGGCAGAAUUCUCCGACUCGCCACCUCAAAAAGACAAUUCUGCACCAAUGGAAGAUCAAGCAGAAGAAGAGGGAGAACAAAGAGUCAACAGAGACACAAUUGUUGCUGGUGUUGGUGGCACUCCGUCAGAAGAUGGAUAUAAUUGGAGAAAAUACGGUCAAAAGCAAGUUAAGGGUAGCGAGUUCCCACGAAGUUAUUACAAAUGCACCCAUUCGAAUUGUCCGGUGAAAAAGAAAGUAGAACGUUCUCACGAGGGCCACAUAACAGAGAUCAUCUACAAGGGAAACUCAAAAGCGAAUAAACCAGCCGUGCAGGGCCAUGCCUCCCGCAAGCCAUUGCGUAAGCAUUCGUUACGCGACAUAAUUUUCCGAGGGAAAAGGGAAGGAUGUCAUAUAACAUAA